AUGUCCGAUUACAAGUCGAGCUGGGUUCAACCGAGCAGCACGGUGCUGUUGCUGGACGGUAUCUACAAACUUCUUUACCUGGCUCAACAAGCCGACGAUGCUUUCUUCCGGGAGAAUGCAGGGGCUGCGCUCCAGAGCUUUGAUAUCCUUGAAAACGACAUCUCGGUCUUCUCACAUUGGACGACACUUGAUCAAAACCCUCUGACUUGUUACUCGCACAAUACCCGUGGACGUCUCAUCUCAUUGGAGUCCGCGAUUGAUUCAGGCUGCCUAAGCAUUGAAAUGACCCUUUUCCCUACUGGGAAUGAACUCCUGAUUGGACCCAAUCCUAAUAUGCUGUCAAGAGCCAUAAAUCUUCGCGGUCUCUACAUUGAUCCUCUGCUAAAGAUAAUUCGAGAACACAACGCCGAGGUGGAAUAUCCACGCCUUGCGGCGAACGAAAAUGAAGAUGAGCUUGUUGGAGUUUUCGAAAAUGACCCUACACAAUCCCUGGUGCUCCUGAUGAACUUCGACGCUGACCCAGAUCGUGCGUGGUCCCUACUGCUUCCACACCUCGAGCCUCUUCGAGAAGUCGGCCUUCUCACGUAUUUCAAUGGGUCAGCGGUAGUGCAAGGUCCUCUCACGAUCGUUGCUUCCGGUAAGGUGCCAUUCCCGCGCAUCUUAGAACGAAGCACCCUCAGGGACGUAUUCUACGAUGCUCCACUCUUAGAACUCUCUUCUUUUUCCGCUCAAAGCCCGCCUCAAAACUCCGACUACAGCGAUCAAAACAGCUACUAUGCGUCUGCCAGCUUCCACACAGCGAUCGGACAUAUUGAUCACAAUGGAAUUUCCAAAGAUCAGCUCUCCAACCUUCGUCAGCAGGUGAAAACUACCCAUGCGCUUGGCCUUAAGAUCAGAUAUUCGAUAACCCCAAACUGGCCUCGGGAGCUGCGGGAUUAUGUGUGGCGUAUACUCUUUCGUGAAGGUGUAGAUACAAUUACUUACUAUUGA